AUGUCCACCGCGAAGGACGAGGACUCCUCGGACCUGAGCAUCCUCAUCCAAUCCAUCGCGACGUCGUGCAAGUACAUUCAGAACUGCGUGCGAAAGAUGGGACUCGCCAAGCUCGGCGGCGAGGCGAACACCGGGCAAAACGUCCAAGGCGAGACGCAGAUGAAGCUCGACGUCGUCGCGAACGACGUCUUCGUCGGGAUGCUCGACACGUGCAAGCGAUGCACGGUGCUCGUGAGCGAGGAGAUCGAAGACCCGGUGUACUGCAAGCCCUCCAACGCCGGACGGUACGUGUGCGUGUUCGAUCCGCUCGACGGCAGCAGCAACGUCGACUGCGGCGUGAGCGUGGGAUCCAUCUUCGGGAUUUAUCGCGCGACGGAGAAGGGCGUCGCGCGCGCGGAGGACGCGCUGCAGCCCGGGAAGUGCAUGGUCGCCGCGGGGUAUUGCAUGUACGGAAGCUACUGCAACUUCGUCCUGACGAUCGGCGGGCACGUCCACGGGUUCACGCUCGACCCGAGCCUCGGGGAGUUCAUCCUGACGCAUCCGAAGAUCACGGUCCCGAAGAGGGGGUCCAUAUACAGCGUGAACGAGGGGAACACGCAGUUUUGGGACGAGGGGAUGAAGACCUACGUCGAGCGUUGUAAGAACCAGGCGGAGCCGCGCGGCGCGCGGUACAUCGGAAGCAUGGUCGCGGACAUUCACCGGACGCUUCUGUACGGAGGGACGUUCUCGUACCCGAGCGAUAGGAAGCAUCCGGACGGGAAGUUACGGCUGCUGUACGAGUGCUUUCCCAUGGCGAUGAUCGUGGAGAAGGCGGGAGGGAAGGCGAGCGACGGGUGCGGGCGGAUUUUGGACAUAAAGCCGACGAGCAUCCACCAGAGGCAGGGGAUACACUUGGGGAGCGUUGAAGACGUGGACGAGAUCGAGGAGUGCAUGAAGAACGCGCGAAGGGCGUCGUGGGAUCAGGGCAGUCGGGGGUAG